AUGGAUGAGCAAAUGCUUGAGGAACAGAAACUCGUUGAAAAAGCGUUAUUGGGAGAAAUCGAGGGUCUUCACCUGCAGCAAAGAAUGAAGCAAGAAGAUGAUCAUAGAGCUGAGCUUGUUUCAACCAUCAUGAAGUUUAGGAAGAAGGUUGGCGAGCAGAAUGAAGAAAUCCAAGAGCUCAAAGAUCAGGUGCUGAGGUAUCAAGAAGAGUUGAGUGGUCACAAAUCUGAAGAGAAUAGUAUGGCAAGUAUGGUCAGUCAGAUGCAAGUCAAUGUGAACAGGACAUUUGCUGAGUCCGUUGAACGCCAAGUUGCGGCCAUCGAGGUAGAGUGUGCCAGAAAGCACAUGGGAUAUCUGAAGCAGUUCCUCCCAGACAAUUUCACCAAAGCAGGAGGAGACAACGAUGCUGUGAUCCUGAAUGUGCUGUUCCCUCGUCUGGCAGCUAAAGCAAAACUCCUAACGAAGCUCAUCGCUGAACGGUUCCCUGGAGUUCCUGGUGGAACACGUCGCGAACAUGUCACGAAAUCACACAAAGCCGAGCACUGGGCCCACUCAGCUCGCAUUGCUUAUACCAUGAACGCACUGGUAGCUGUAUGUGGCCAGUUUGAAAGGUGA